GUCUGUGUGGCCCCGCCCCUUCCCUGCUCUGUACUGGCGGUACUCUGUCAGGGGGUGACAGGUGCCUGUCUGUGGGGAGGAUGGAGGAGGACCGGAUGAUGGAGCUGCGCUCCGCGGUGGGGAUCUUGCUGGGGCUCCUGGCCGGCUUGCUGGUGAGAUCCCUACUGACCAGAACCCGGCAGAGUGGGCCCCCUCCUCCUCCCUGUAUACGGGGAUGGAUCCCCUGGCUGGGGGCAGCGCUACAGAUGGGGAGAGAACCCCUGGAGUUCAUCCACAGAUCCUGGCAGAAGCAUGGACCAGUGUUUACUGUAUUGGCUGCAGGCAACAGAUUGACCUUUGUCAGUGGAGACGAAGGAGUGACUGCCUUUUUCAAAUCCAAGGAAGUGAACUUUCCACAGGCUGUGCAGAAACCUGUCCAGCACACAGCGUCCAUUGAAGAAGAAAGCUUCUACAAGUCCCAUGGUGAAAUCAUGAAAAUGAUGACAUUUAGGCUGUCAGGUAACAGACUGAACACGCAUAUGGCCCGAUUGUGCAGCGAAUUUUCCUCACAUCUGGACCAGUUGGGCUCACAGGGCACCAAGGAACUCUACAACCUGGUGAGGCAAGUCAUGUACCCCGCCGUGGUGGACAAUCUGUUUGGUAAAGGAGUGUGUCCUACUACCAGGAACGCAAUAAAGGAAUUUGAAGAGCAUUUCCGCACAUUUGAUGAAGGAUUUGAGUAUGGCUCCCAGCUUCCAGAGUGUUUUUUCAAAAACUGGUCUCUGUCCAAACAGUGGCUGCUAAGGAUGUUUAAAAACAUUUUACCUGAAGUAGAAGACAGUAAACCAUCUGAAGAUAGUGCAAAGACCUUGCUGCAUCAUCUGCUGGACACUCUCAAGGGAAAUUCCACACAUAACUUCAGUCUAUUACUGCUCUGGGCAUCGCAGUCCAACGCCAACCCUAUUACAUUUUGGACACUUGCUUUCAUCAUUUCGGAGCCAGCGGUUUACAAGAAGGUCAUAAGUGAAAUUACUUCUGUAUUUGGUGAAGGAGGUCAGCAUCCUUUGAGUAUUACCGAGGCUGAUCUGAAGAAAGUCCCCUUUGUGAAGUCCUGUGUGCUCGAGGCCAUACGGCUGAGGCCUCCAGGAGCGAUUGCUAGGAAAGUGGUACAACCAUUGAAAGUCUAUAAUUAUGAGAUCCCUCCUGGGGACCUGUUGAUGUUGUCUCCUUAUUGGGUUCAUCGGGACCCAAAAUAUUUUCCUGAUCCUGAAAAAUUUAAACCAGAACGCUGGACGGAGGAGAUGGUAGACAAGAAUGUUUUUCUGGCCGGCUUUAUAGCCUUUGGUGGAGGGAAAUAUCAGUGUCCUGGCAGGUGGUUUGCCUUGAUGGAAAUUCACAUGUUGGUGGUUUUAUUCCUCUACAAAUAUGAGUUCCAGUUACUGGAUCCACUUCCCAAACAGAGUAAUCUGCAUUUAGUUGGAACCCAGCAGCCUGAUGGACCCUGUCGUGUUACGUUUAAGUUAAGAGAAUAAAUGAAGAGCCUCAAGAAAUGCAACCAAGAUAGAGCCAAAGUGACAAACCACAGACCAAAAUGAGUUCAUCUGUAUCUUCACCUUUUAUAAAUGUCUUUGAAUUUG